AUGAGAGAGGAGAACAAAUUGAGGAUGGAAAGGGAGGAGGAUGGGUUCGGCUUUGAUGAACCAACUCGUUUGGAGGUUCAGCAGGAAUCAGAAAGCUCUGAUACUCUGCUGUUGGAAGAGGAAGAGGAUCUGGCAGAGGUCAACAUCGAGGAUAAGCUCUCCAAGACCGAAAAACGGGCCAAUGCUUCCUCAUCUAACUCUUUACCUCUUGACGCCCCUGAAAUUGAUUCUGAUGCAUCGACGUCCAUUCCCGCCUGUCAACCUGCUGAAGGACAAAAAUGCAGCUCCUCUGAAAAGAAGGGGCGCAGAAGCGGCUCGAAGAGGAAGAAGAGCAAGAAGAGCUUGGAGAGGAAACGGGCGGGGUUGGAUGAGAGAAGGAAAGAUAAACGCAGGGAGGACGCCAUGCGUAGAGAGGAUAACCGAAGCCUCAGGCCUAACACGUUGAAUGAGGCGCGAAAGGCGGUUCCAUUCUAUCUGGUCAAGGAGAAUAAAUUCUGUGCUUCAACCCUCAGCUGUCCAAACCUGACUGGAUAG